AUGGCAAAUGUGUCUGCGCCCCUACCCAUUUGGGAGGAAUACGUUGAACCAAUUCUCGGGCGGUAUGUGAAUGAUGUUGUACAGAGAGUGUCAACUAUCCCACCCGGGGUAGCGGUCGCAGCUGUGCUAGGAGUCGGUCUCUUGCUCAAGCUUUUACACUGGUAUCUCUUGCCGAAGCCAAUCCCCGGCAUUCCAUAUAUCGAAGCAUCGGCAGGCAGCAUUUUUGGCGAUAUUCCCGCCAUGGUGGAGCAUAUCAAGGCAACCGAUGGCACAUUUGUAACGUACCUCCGAUCAGUCAUGGACCGUCUGAAUUCGCCAGUCGUGCAGGUGUUCAUGUUCCCAUUUGGAAAGCCCCUGGUAUUGUUAGGAGACUUCGCCGAAGCCCAGGACAUGCUCAUUCGCCGCGAGAAAGAAUUCGAACGAUCUGCUACGUUGGGGGAUUUGUUGGUUGGUAUCUUGCCAAGCCAUCACGUCCACCUUCCUACCAACCAACAAUGGAAGGACCAGCGUUUGUUAGUCCGCGACCUUAUGACCCCAUCCUUUCUUCAUAACGUUGCUGGCCCGGUCUUGUACAACACUGCUUCAGACUUGAUUGAGCCUUUGCUUACAUGGAAGAGGACAGUGUGGCGUGCAAAGGCUCGGAUAGCCGAUGGCCGGCCUUUCGAUGCUCAUGAAGACAUCUACCAUUUUGCCCUUGACGCCAUGUCUGGGUUUACGUUUGGUCACGGUUUCGACAUUAGCACCGUCAAGCCCACCUCUGAUGCCAUUCAUGGCUUGGAUGCGGCUGCACAGAAAGCCCUGAGGAGCGGUGCCAAAGAGCGUCCAGUGUCGUUCCCUCAUGGAAAACUGCCUGAUGUGAUGUGGGCCUUUAUCGAACUCACAGAAUUGGUGGCCCAUCUACUCGGCAAUCCAUUCCCUCAUUUGACAUGGGCAUACGUCCUGCGGAAGCCGGCAUCGAGAAAGGCAUACAAGAUUAAAGAGCGUUAUAUCCGUGGAGAGCUAAAGAACGCCGUAAAGAGAGUCAACGAAAGCAACGGAGAGAAGCCAACGUCCGCAGUGGAUUACAUUAUUUUCCGCGAAAAGACUUUGUCGGAAAAAUCAGGACGAAAGCCCAAUUAUUUCUCGAGGGUCAUUGUCGAUGAGGUCUUUGGAAUCGUUUAUACGGGACAUGAGACGACAAGCACCAUGCUUAGCUGGGCAGUCAAAUUCUUGGCCGAUAACCCCAGCGCGCAGUCAACACUUCGGGAGGCUCUACAUACGCAAUUUGCAGACGCACGCGCCGCAGGACGCGCCCCGACUGUAGAAGAAAUCACGAGCAAACAAGUCCCCUGGCUCGAGGCUACAAUUGAGGAGUCGCUCCGAGUCUCAGCUACAGCGCCAACCAUCGACCGCAUGGCACUGGUUGACACCCAAAUCCUCGGAUACCGCAUCCCCAAGGGCACCGUUGUGGCUCAACCCUGUUCUGGUCCCAGCAUCACUGCACCGGCUUUCGAAAUCGACGAGGCUCUGCGCAGCCCAUCGAGUUUGGUAGCUCGCAGGCAAGGCGUCGUGCCACCCAAUUGGAACCGUGAGGGCAUUUCUCUAUGGAAACCAGAGAGGUGGCUUGUGAAGCAUGCGGAUGGUCAGGUUGAGUUCAACCCUAAAGCUGGACCGCAAGUCGCUUUUGGCCUGGGCACUCGAGGAUGCUACGGAAAGAGACUCACCUAUGUCGAAUCAAGAAUCCUACUUACGCUACUGGUCUGGAAUUUUGAGCUUGUUCAAUGUGCUCCGGAAAUAUCACGAUAUACGGCGAAAAUGACCACCGCAAAUGCUCCCAGAGAUUGCUUCAUCCAGCUUCGAGAGCUGACCAGUACUUCAUAG